AUGAAAAGACAGGGGGAGAUACUAGAGCUAUGUAAUGGCAGAGACUGUUCUGUGUGCAGGUGCCUACCUGCCAAAGGUGCCCGGGGGGCCCCAGGUAAACUGGGAAAGGACGGUGUUCAGGGUCAGUCAGGGUCCCGUGGCCCACGCAGCCAGGAGGGUGAGAAGGGCAGACGAGGUGUAGAGGGAGCUCCUGGGCUGGAUGGCCCUCCAGGAGAGAGAGGGCAUGUUGGGACUGGAGGUCUUCCUGGUUUACCUGGUUUGGAUGGAUGCAAUGGGACUCAGGGAGAUCCUGGCCUGCCUGGGACAAAUGGGAUUGGUGGAUUACCUGGACUUCCUGGAUUACUGGGUCCAAAAGGCAUGAAAGGAGAGCCCUCAUAUGUAACUGAACAUUUGGGAUUACCUGGCACUAAUGGUGCACCUGGAAUUAGAGGCCCUCCUGGUCCUAAAGGCUUUAUAGGAGCCCCUGGAAAACCAGGUCCCCCUGGACCAGAUGAGGUGGUGGAGCCUCCUGUGUAUCACAUUAUUAAAGGAGAAAAGGGAGAAAAGGGAAGGCAAGGAGUCUGUGGGCUAGAUGGAGCAGAUGGACCUGCAACAGAGCCUGGUGCCAAAGGAGAAAGGGGCAAUGAUGGACUUCCUGGGCCCCAGGGACCUCCUGGAGACCCAGGUCCACCUGGUCAUCAUGGUCGCCCUGGUCUGAAGUUACAGUUGCUAGUUACUGUUAUCUUAGUCUCAGGCACCCAGGGACCACAUGGUGACCAGGGACCACGUGGACCACCUGGGCUCCCAGGAGAUUAUGGAUUCAUGGGGGAGCCAGGAUUACCUGGACAUCCUGGGAAGACUAUCACAGGCUUAAUUGGACCUCCAGGACUGAGGGGUUCUGAGGGGCCUAAGGGGAUCAAGGGAGACCUGGGCUUGCUUGUAGAAUCAGAACCAGAACUUCCAGGGCCAACUGGGCCACCUGGGCUUCCUGGGAUCAAAGGUGUCAGAGGACAACCUGGUCCAUCAGGCAAGAAUUGCCUUUGCUUCCUAGAGCUUCCAGGACUUCCUGGGGAUAAGGGUGACCGAGGACUUCCUGGGGCAAAAGGCAAAAUGGGGCAAAAAGGCUGUCCAGGUGAUAAUUAUUGCAGUUCUGGUGGAUCAGGGUUGCAUGCCCCUAUCGAUUCACCAGGACCACCAGGAUAUGAUGGCUUUCCAGGGAGUAGAGGGGAGAAGGGCAGUCCUGGUCCUCCUGGAGACCCAGGUACAACUGGCCCUACUGGAAAGCCUGGCCCUCCUGGUCCUCAGGGAUUAAAAGGACAAAAAGGAGACCCUUAUGUUUCAAUGAUAAAAGGCAUAAAAGGAGACCAAGGAAAUCCUGGGCUCAUUGGUAGACCAGGAACUAUGGGCCAGCCAGGCUUUCCAGGGCCACCUGGUUUGGUUGGAGAUCCUGGCCCUCCAGGAUUUGAUUAUCCAAGUCUCAAAGGAUACAAGGGGUACCCUGGGGAGUCAGGGUCUAAAGGAUACCCAGGGCCUCUAGGUCCUCAUGGCAUAGAUAUUCAUGUGGCAUGGGGGCCUCCUGGACCUCCAGGGGAACAGGGACCUCAAGGUCCACCUGGAUUUCCUGGACCGCCAGGUCCUCCAGGGGAUAUCCUCACUGGGUGUCCUCCUAGCAACCACGGUGACAAAGGUGACCAAGGACCACCUGGUUUGCCAGGAUCACCUGGUUAUAAUGGACUUCCUGGGUUUCCAGGACCAAAAGGAGAAAAAGGAGAUGGAGAUGUGAGAUAUGGUCCUUCAGGCCUUCCAGGAUUACCUGGUGAUCCAGGUGAUCCAGGUCUUUCUGGACACAGCUAUGAUGGUGCACCAGGCUCACCAGGGCCGAAAGGACCUCCAGGUUUUCCUGGGCCCCAAGGAGAUGCCCACAGUGGUAAACCUGGACCACCUGGUCUGGCAGGGUUACCUGGACGCCCUGGUCUAAAGGGCAUUCAGGGCCCUCCAGGCCAUGACGGGUUACCUGGAAGACCAGGGCCUCCCGGGCCUCCUGGACCUCCUGGAAUUUCAGGUUGUGAAGGGCAGCAGGGGAACCAAGGACCACCUGGACUGCCAGGAAGUGGAAAUGAUUUUUGUUGGGGUCCCCCAGGCCCCCAAGGAGCACCAGGUUUCAUGGGUCUGCCUGGACAGCCAGGUACCAGUGGUAUAAAAGGAGAAAAGGGUGUGAUGGGAUUUCCUGGGUAUGGGAUGAAGGGACCUCCAGGUUUUCCUGGCCCGCCUGGCCCACCUGGUCCCCCAGGACCUCUUGGCCUCAGAGGAGCUCCUGGUGAACCAGGGAUACAUGGAUUUUUGGGGGUGAAAGGUGUUAGAGGCCAUCCUGGGUUAAGUGGAACAAAAGGGUUAUCUGGGUUGCCUGGUUUACCUGGGGUCCCAGGAACACCAGGAGUGAGAGGUGGUGAGGGUCACACAGGUCCAAAAGGAGACAUGGGUGACACAGGGGAUCGAGGAUUCCAGGGUCCACAUGGGCAACGUGGGCCCCCUGGUGUUUUCGGACCACCAGGUGAACCAGGUUCACCUGGCCCUCCUGGAUGUGUGGGUCCUCCAGGUCUUUCACAUUUUGGUCCUCCAGGCAAUUCAGGCACUCCAGGACCUAAAGGUUAUCCGGGCCCACAAGGUCUGAAAGGAUUUCCAGGACCACCAGGUCUCAACGGUGUAAAUGGUCAUCCAGGACCUGCAGGAGAGAAAGGUGCCAAAGGCCUACCCGGUGAGAUUGGAUAUCCAGGUUCUGUGAUUACAAUCCCAGGACACAAAGGUGUCAUGGGACGACAGGGACACCCAGGACCAAAGGGCUUAAGAGGUCCACAAGGGCCUCCUGGAUGUGCUGGUAACCAAGGGUCACCAGGAUCCAAAGGGGUGCGUGGGUUCCCUGGUUUAUUUGGCCACCCAGGACAAGCGGGCCAUAUAGGAAGAGCUGGUCCAACAGGCAACAAGGGUGAUAAAGGGAUAUCAGGACCCAAGGGAGCCAAAGGUGACCCGGGAGAAGAAAUUACACCCCCUAAAAGCCUAUACAAGGGACCAGAAGGACUACCUGGACCACGUGGACCACCAGGAUUUCCAGGAACAGCUGGUCCAAGCGGAAAUCCAGGAUCCAGAGGACCAAAAGGACUGGUGGGAUCUCAUGGGCCUCCUGGUCAGCCAGGAACUGCAGGAUACCCAGGUGCUCAUGGAGAUGCAGGUGACCCUGGACCACAAGGCUUUGUAGGGCUACAAGGUCCUCCAGGCCCUCCGGGUGAGCUUGGUUUCCCAGGAACAGUGGAGCCAAUGAACUCUGGGUUUCUGCUGGUGAUUCACAGUCAGUCAGCAGUGGUGCCUGUGUGUCCAACAGGCAUGCCUCUCCUCUGGACUGGUUACAGUCUUCUUUAUCUAGAGGGCCAAGAAAGAGCAUACACACAAGACCUGGGCAGAGCAGGCUCCUGCCUGCAAUUCUUCAGUCCCAUGCCCUUCUCCUACUGUAACUCUGCCACGUGUCACUAUGCCAGCCGCAAUGACAAGUCCUAUUGGCUGACCACCGACGAGCCGGUACCCAUGAUGCCAGUGUCUGGUGAGGAGAUCCAACAGUACAUCAGCCGCUGCGUGGUUUGUGAGGCGCCCGCCCCAGCCGUGGCAGUACACAGCCAGGAUACCAUCGUGCCAAGCUGCCUGACUGGCUGGAGAAGUCUGUGGAUUGGCUAUUCUUUUUUUAUGUACACUGGUUCUGGUGACGAAGGUGGGGGUCAGCCGCUGACCUCGUCUGGAAGUUGUUUGAAGGACUUUCGGACCCAGCCCUUCAUGGAGUGCCAGGGCCAUCGUGGCACCUGCCACUAUUUUGCCAACCUCUACAGCUUCUGGCUGACAUGCGUGAGCUGCCAGGAAGAGCAUGGCAUGGCCCCAUCAUCACACACGAUGAAGGCCGCCGACCAGCAACGUGGGCACACCAGCCGGUGUCACGUGUGUAUGAAGCAGACAUGA